GACACUGACAAUCAAAAUAGAAAAUAUUGCUGCGAUCCGAAAUCGAACAUGUUUACGUGGUUCCUUCUUUAUUUUAUGCUGAAUUAAAACCUAUAUCAUUACCUCUAAAAUACUCUGAAACAACCUCUCUAGUCAUUGUUUAAAUUUUAACGUAAUUAAUCCCUAAACCACGUAAAAACUCUACCCAUUCUCUACACUCUUUCUCAUCAUGGAUCCUUUCAUCAUAGCAGCUAUUAUCAGUGCCAUUAUCAUUGUUGUGUUGUCAGUAACCUUCCUCAGACCGUCCCAAGUGAAACAACUACCUGGAGCAAGGCCAAGGGCUGUUGCUCCGAGGGAUGGCGGCCCGGGUAGGGUACAAGCCGUCAGGAAUCAAAGGGCACGGAUGAGAGCUAAUGCUGCCCGCAACCAGGUGGCACUAGACGAGGAGCCAUUAGCUGAAGAAGCUGAGGAAGAUGGACAGACGGAGAGAGUUCAUGACAUUGAGUUUGAUGACAAAAUGGGAGCCAAGAAAAGAGCCAAGCUAGAAGCGAAGCUCGAGAAGAAGAAGGCCCGCGAGACGGAGGAGCACAUUCGCCGCGACCGCAAGGCCAAGGAGGAGCAGGCAGAGCAGGAGCGGAAGAGGGCGCAGGAGAAGGAGGAGGAGGAAGAGCGCAAACGCGAGGAAGCAGAACGCAAGGCUGAGGAGGAGAGAAAGCGACGGGAGCAGGCGGAGUACGACGCCAUGAAGGCAGCCUUCUCCGUGGAGGGGGAGGGCUUCGAUGAGGAUGAGGAGGAAAGCAGGGAGAACCUGCUGAAGGACUUCGUGGACUAUAUCAAGGCGCAAAAGGUGGUGCUUUUAGAAGACCUUGCAGCACACUUCAAGCUGAAGACUCAGGCGGCUAUCGACAGGAUCACUGACCUACAGGCUGCGGGAGAACUGACUGGAGUCAUCGAUGACAGAGGAAAAUUCAUCUACAUCUCACAGAAGGAACUCGAAGACGUAGCCAAGUUUAUCAAGCAGAGGGGAAGGGUGUCCAUUACCGACUUGGCAGAAAGCAGCAACAAUCUUAUUAACUUAAAUCCGGUUUCUGUAUUGUAGCUUAAGGUGUAGGUGGUUGUGAUUGUUACUUAUUUUUUUAUAAAAUGAAACAGAUUAUAUUUUAAAGACAAAUGCGUUUAUUAAAUGCUAACAUGGAGUACAAAACUAAAGCCUUAA